CAUUUUUUAAUUACUAAAAGAAUAUCCAAUAUUCAAGCCCUACAAGUGUCAGCAACGAAUUAGUGUUCAUUAAACGGCCCGAGUGUAGAAAACAGUGCUUGGCAAUUAAUUUAUUUACAAUUGAAUUACUUAAAAGACAAACGUUGAGCUGGUCUCAAUUUAAUUCAUUCGAGUGAACAAAUUAUUGUGCAAGUGAUGGACAAGAUAUCGUCUCCAGCAAGUUCAAAAUGCGAGGACAGAAACAGGAUUUAUCAAUAUGUCGCCGCAUUCACCGCAAACCUCGGAAUAGUGUGCAGCGAAAUGCACUACGGCUGGCCAUCCCCAUCCCUGCCGAUCCUCCUCAGCGGCAACUACACAUUCCACAUCAGCAGCCAGGAGGGAUCGUGGAUAGCCGUGAUACCCCUGAUCGGCGCCAUCUUCGGCGCCGCCAUCACCGGCCUGGUGGUCGACUACUUCGGUCGCAAGAAGAUGAUCAUAUUCUCCUCGUUCCCCUUCAUCGCCUCCUGGUUGAUGAUCGGCUUCGCUGAGUCGUCGGUGCUGAUAUUCGUGGGGAGGUUCAUCGCCGGCGCCACCGACGGCGUUUCCUUCACGGCCGUGCCCAUGUACUUGGGGGAGAUAGCCGAGCCGAAGAUCCGGGGGCUGUUGGCGUCGGUGUGUCCGGUGAGCAUUGUGCUGGGGCUGCUGAUGAUCAACGUGAUCGGCUCCUACUUGCCCAUCAACGUCACCGCUUUUAUUUCGGUCGUGGUGCCGGUCAUCUUGCUUUCCACCUUCGUAUGGAUGCCGGAGAGCCCCUACUUCCACCUCAUGAAAGACAACCCUAAGCAAGCCAAAAUUAGCCUUCAAAAACUAAGAGGUACUGUGCACGUGGAUGAAGAACUGGACCGAAUAUCCAAGGCGGUUAAAGAACAAACCGAAAACACCGGCAAAUUCCUGGAUCUAUUCAAGGAGAGAAGCAAUAGAAAGUCACUGAUCAUAGCCUUGGGACUUAGGACUGUGCAGCAAGUCAGUGGGACGUCAGCCAUAAUGAUCUACUGCAAGACCAUAUUCCACGAGGCCAGAGACUUCAUGUCGCCCACUUUGGGGACCGUUUUGUACUUCUUGGUGCAGCUCAUCAUGUCCUUCAUUUCAUCCAUCAUCGUCGACAAGUCUGGAAGGCGACCCCUGCUAAUUAUUUCCAUAAUAGGCACCACCAUUACUUUGCUCAUAAACGCCAUAUUUUUGUACAUCAAAAACUGCACCGACAUUGACACCAAAGAAUUUCAGUUUGUGUCCAUAGUUGCCCUGCUGGGAUUCGUUGUGAUUUUCAGUCUUGGACUUCAAACUAUCCCGCUGUGUAUAAUGGGAGAGAUAUUUUCUACGAAUGUUAAGGCGUUUGCCCUGUGCACCAUGGAUAUUUAUUUCAGCAUUAUUGCCACGAUAGUUUCCAAGUUCUUCCAUUGGGCCAACGAGUCUUAUGGCAUGCACGUCCCAUUUUUCGUCUUCACUGCUUGUUGUGUUUUAGGAUUGGUGUUUGUUAUUUUUAUUGUUCCUGAAACCAAAGGCAAAACUUUGGAGGACAUUCAAAGGGAACUGAAAGGGCAGGAUUUGCAAGAUACUUAAUAUACAUAGACAUAGACCAAAAUGUAAUUUUAAAGACUGCACUACAGUAUUUUUUAACAAAAAAAAUCAGGCAACAGCUGAUAGUGAUGUAAUAAUAUUUAAUAUCAUAGGAAAAUAUGACUGGUGAUUGAGGCAACACAUGUUUUUUUUAAUUAGAAUUAU